AUGAUUGGCAGUCUCUUUUUCAUCUUCAAUCGCCUGGUGGAGAUUGUCUUCUUGAUCCCCAUCAUUGGAAUGCUGGCCUACUUUGUAGAUGGAUUCCUCAAGGCCAACAUCAUUACUCCCACCUACAUCCUCGUCCUCUUCAUCGUCAGCGUCAUCGCCGUCUUCUGGUGCUUCGACACCCUGAUCCGACACUCGACGACCAAACGCUCCGCCAUCUUCGUCGCCUUCGUCGACCUCCUCUUCUUCGGCGCUUUCAUCGCCGGCGUCUACCAACUGCGCUUCAUCGCCAACGCCAACUGCUCCGAUUGGAAUGGUGGUUCGGUCUGGGUCUCCCUGGGCCCGUUUGGCUCCUACGGCACGCGCACCAACAACCCGCUUUCACGAGACAUGAACAAGCACUGCGCGAUGCUGAAGGCCUCGUUCGCGUUCGGCAUCAUGGAGGUCAUUUUCUUCUCGUGGACCGCCUUCUGGGCUCUGUUCAUGUAUAACCGCAGCGAUGUCGUCGUUAAGGAGACUCAUGUGCGCCGACGCAGCCAUAGCAGUCGUCGCGGCCAUGGUGGUGGGCAUCGUCGUCAUAGCUCGAGUUCGCGACGACCUCAAUAUGUCGUUUGA